AUGUCAACGGUGUCCGCCGGCGGUCGCCGUGGUCCGCCGAAGGACUUUCGCGGGCCACCUAGAGGUGAUCUCAGAAUGGUUAAACCACGAGGGCGAGGCUACUCCCAGUCUGACGUUGGUGAACCGUGCAUUCCACGAUUUUCAGCAGUGGCCAGCGAGGGGGUGAAAAUGGCUCUUCCUCCUGAGGAAUACGGCGAGAACACCACUGUAUUAACGGGUGUUACAAGUGAGCAUUCGUACAGUGGCGACGACCGACCCGUUUACGAGCCUCCUAUGGGACGUGUUGUUAGCAGAAGGUUAGUAUUAGAGCUUGUUAUAAAAUAG